AUGCCGGCAGUAGUCACAUCUCCUAAAAUCAUCACAAUGCGACCUCCAACAGUUCCUGGCCCAGAGCUGGUGCAUGGCACCCCACACCCACCGCAUAACUCGUAUUCAGAGAGCACUACCGAGGGUGAGGACAUCCAGGAGAAUGUCAGCGACCAGAUCAACGAACUUGCUCGCCGGGUCACUUCCAUCUCGGUGGCAACCGGGAACCAUAUCUUGCCCAAACCUACAGAGGACGCACUCGACCCCAACAGUUCUGACUUUGACGCCAAAAAAUGGGUGAGGGCCUUCUACAACAUUCAGACCGAGGCACUUGGUGGGAGACCACCGAAUUCCGCGUGUCUUGCUUUUAAGAACCUCAAUGUCUACGGUCAAAUGGCUGUUGCCGAGCACCAAAGGACCGUGAAGGAUUUCAUCUACGGGCCCUUUGAGAUCGCCCGAAGUUUCUUCGGAUCCGCUAAAAAGCAGCGCAUUGACAUCCUUCAGGGCCUGGAAGGUGUCAUGGAGAGUGGUGAGAUGCUGUGCGUUCUUGGCCCCCCUGGGUCUGGAUGCUCAACUCUCUUGAAGACUAUUGCGGGUGAUACAUACGGCUUCCAAGUCGCCGACGGCAGCGUACUGAACUACCAAGGUAUCGGAAAAGACGAGAUCGCAAAGGACUACAAGGGAGAGGCAAUCUACAACGCUGAAGUUGACUAUCACUUUCCAAAGCUUACCGUUGGGGAGACCCUUUAUUUCGCCGCGCGAGCACGAUGUCCGCAGCGACUGGUCAGCCAUCAGCAUGAAUAUGCGGAGCACCUUCGGGAUGUCGUCAUGGCAAUGCUUGGUAUCUCGCACACGAAAAAUACAGUUGUCGGAGACGAAUUCAUUCGCGGCGUGAGUGGAGGUGAGCGCAAGCGUGUCAGCAUCGCAGAGGCCAUCUUGAGCUACUCGCCCUGGCAAUGUUGGGAUAACAGUACUCGCGGUCUCGAUUCCGCGAACGCGGUCUCUUUCUGUCGCAUGCUCCGAUUGCAAUCAGAGACCUUAGGUGGCAGCGUCUGCGUCGCUAUUUACCAAGCUCCACAGGAGGCAUAUGAUCUCUUUGACAAUGUCAUUGUUCUUUAUGAAGGCCGCCAAAUAUUCUUCGGUCGCACUCGCGAGGCCAAGGCAUAUUUCGAAAGCCUAGGGUUCGAGUGUCCACAAGAACAGACGACACCCGACUUUUUGACUUCGAUGACCAGUCCUUCAGAGAGAAUCACCAAGCCUGAUUGGAAAGGCAAGCCGCCACCUCGCAGUCCAGAUGAAUUUGCGCAGGCAUGGCGCGAAAGCCAGAACCGCCAGUCGCUUGUUGUCGAGAUCGAAGACUUCGAGAAACGAUUCCCGAUCGGCGGCGGUCAGUCCGAGGACUUCCGCGCUGCAAGAACAGAACAGAAGUCUGACUCACUACGUGCGGCCUCUCCUUUUACUCUCUCGCUGGCGGGCCAAUUUCUCCUGAACCUCUGGCGUAGCUACAGACUGUUGAUCGCAGACCCCUGGUUCUGGAUCACUCUCCUCGGUGCCAACUUCUUCGAAUCCCUCGUCGUCUCAAGUAUUUUCUACAACAUGCAAGAAGACAGCUCUAGCAUGUUCCGCCGCAACCUGUUCAUCUUCUACGUUCUCAUGAUCAACAUCUGGACCGCUGCCCUUGAAGUCCUCACGCUAUACUCCAAGCGGAAAAUCGUCGAGAAACAUGUCCGCUACGCCCUCUACCAUCCAAGCAUGGAGGCCCUUGCCUCAAUCGCAAUGGACAUACCCUUCAAACUCGUCAAUGCUAUCUGUAUCAACGUGACUGCCUACUUCAUGGGCAAUCUCCGUCGCGAACCAGGGCCCUUCCUCUUCUUCUACCUUCUUGCCUGUACCAUAACCAUCACGAUGUCCAUGUUCUUCCGAUUCCUGGCCUCCGUCACGAAAACUGUAUCGCAAGCCCUUGCGCCUUGCGCGAUCGUUAUCCUCGGUCUCAUGCUUUACGGUGGAUUCAUCAUCCCGCAAUCCUAUCUUAGCGACUGGAUUGGCUGGCUCCGCUGGGUCAAUCCCCUCUUCUACGUGCAGGAAAGUUUAUCGCUCAGCGAGUUUGUCGGUCGGAGCUUUUCAUGUAUCGAUUUCGUGCCCAGCGGUCCCGGCUACGCAGCGGAUCUUUUAGAUGCUGGUGGCCAGGUCUGCUCUAUCGAGGGGUCUGAAGCAGGCCAGGCGUUUGUUGAUGGCAGUGCCCACAUGCGUGUGAUGUACGGGUUUUUAGACGUACACCGCUGGCGGAACCUUGGAAUCCUCAUUGCUAUGACGGUAUUCUUCCUGGUGAUUCAUUUGGUUGCCGUUGAGGUGAUUUCGUCGGAACGCUCGAGGGGCGAAAUUCUUGUUUUCCCACGAAAGGUGUUGAAGAAACAAUCCAAGCUUGGUGGAGGUGACGAGGAAAAGUCAGGUAUCAAGCAUGUUACGUCUCAACAAAGAGAUACAAAGAUGGAUCAAGUCCAGGUGAUCGAGAAGCAGACCUCGAUCUUUCACUGGCAAGAUGUUUGUUACACCGUUCAGAUCAAGGAUGAGACGAGGACAAUUCUGGCCAAUGUGGAUGGGUGGGUGAAGCCGGGAACAUUGACCGCACUGAUGGGUGUGUCUGGCGCCGGAAAAACAACGCUUUUGGAUGUGUUGGCCAGCCGUGUCACGAUGGGUGUAAUUUCUGGUCAAAUGCUUGUGAAUGGACAUUUGAGAGAUUCUUCGUUCCAGCGCAAGACUGGAUAUGUCACGCAGCAAGACUUAAACCUGCAUACUUCUACAGUCAGAGAGGCUCUUCAGUUCAGUGCUCUGUUACGACAGCCGGCUCGGUACAGCCGCCAGGAGAAACUCGAUUAUGUGGAUGAAGUGAUCAAGUUGGUCGACCUUGAGGACUGUGCGGAUGCCAUCGUCGGCCACACAGGCGAAGGUCUGAACGUUGAACAAAGAAAACGAUUGACAAUUGGAGUUGAAUUAGCAGCGCGACCCGAGCUGCUGCUAUUCCUUGAUGAACCAACUUCUGGUCUGGAUAGCCAGACGUCCUGGGCCAUCUGCGACCUAAUGGAGAAGUUGACUCGUAAUGGCCAGGCAAUCUUAUGCACAAUCCAUCAGCCCUCGGCUGCGCUGUUUCAACGGUUUGAUCGCUUACUGCUGUUGGCUAAGGGUGGCCGCACUGUAUACUUUGGAGAGGUCGGCCAGGGAUCCUCCACGCUUAUCGACUACUUUACUCGCAACGGAGCCCCGCAGUUCAAACGCGGUACUAACCCUGCAGAAUAUAUGCUUGACAUCGUCGGGGCUGCGUCAAAACAGAAAAGCAGCAUUGACUGGCCAACGGUGUGGCGUGCAAGUCCCGAGUUUCAGAAUGUCCGCCAAGAGCUCGAAAGUCUCUCUCGUCAAGGUCAGGGAAAGACUACGGAAGCCGAUCCCGCUACUCUGGCGGAGUUUGCUGCUAGCUUCCCGGUGCAACUCACACAAGUUACAAAGCGCGCCUUCCAGCAAUAUUGGAGGACCCCGAGCUAUAUCUUCUCGAAGUUCAUUCUAAGCGCUGGAUCAGCACUAUUCAUCGGACUGUCACAGGUCAAUGAGGAUGUCACCAAACGUGGCCUCUUCAAUCAGAUGCUAGCAACAUACAUCUUCCUAUUCAUCUUCAGUCAAGUUGUGGAACAAAUCCUGCCCAUGUUCGUCUCGCAACGCACCUUGUACGAAGCUCGAGAGAGACCCGCCAAAGCCUAUUCUUGGGUAGUUUGCCUCGCAGGGAAUAUCAUCGUCGAACUGGCUUGGAACUCGUUGAUGGGGCUUUUGUCGUUCCUGUUCUGGUACUUCCCCUUGGGCCUUCAGCGAAACGCAGAAUGGACAGAUGCCGUGAAUUCGCGUGGAAUAACCACGUGUCUACACAUGUGGAUCUUCUUCUCAUUCACCAGUACAUUUGCAAACAUGCUCAUUGCCGGUAUCGAGACCGAGCAGAUCGCCGGUGCAUUUCUGAAUUUCUUCUUCAACAUUAUGUUUGCUUUCCCUGGUGUUCUUGCUGGCCCCAACGAACUCCCCCGCUUCUGGAUCUUCAUGUACCGCGUCAACCCAUUCACCUACGUGAUAGAAAGCUUCCUCGGGACAGCUCUGUCUGGUGCGCCGGUUAUCUGUACGGCUCAGGAACUCGUCCAGUUCACGGCCCCAAAGGGGAUGACGUGCGGGGAAUACUUGCAGCCCUAUAUCAAGGAGAAGAGCGGGUAUCUCGUCGACAAUAGCACGAGCAGCUGCAGUUUCUGUGGCACGGCUAAUAGUGACGCCUUUCUGGAGGACAUGAAUAUGCAUUUCGAUAAUCGCUGGCGGGACUUUGGGUUCAUGUGGGCAUUUUGUAUCUUCAAUAUUGCAUGUACGGUGGGGCUAUAUUGGCUGAUGAGAGUGCCGAAACGGAAGGCGAAGGAGUGA